AUGCCUGAACCACCUUCUCCUCCUGAUACGUCCAUCACCAUAUCCUCUCAGCAACAACCAACCACCGAAUUUCGUCGUUCAAUACAAAAAAGGAAAGCCCCAAUAAAAUUUUUUGAUAAACCACCUCUAUUAGAAGAAAAGGUUCUUGAAGACCUAAAACAGAAAUCCCAACCUGAAGUUAAAUCGACUAUCCACCAACAUGAAUUUGAUACCGGCCACAAAGCUGAUUGGGAGCAUUACAAAAUUAUUGAUAAAGAUCGACGUCGUUAUCCUCUUCUCAUCAAAGAAUUCUUGGCCAUCAUAAGAACAUCGUAUGUUAUCAUAUGGAACUAUUCUUUGUCCUUCCUGACGCUAUGUUCUUUUCUAUUCUUCUUACGUCAUGACCUAUUAUUCCAUUUCUUUCUCGGAUGUUCAAAUAUCUGUAAAUUUUAUAUAUAAAUAGUUGUAGUUUUUACUGUGUUUUCAUGUAGUUAUUCAGAUUACUAGUUCAUGAACAAUAAAGUGAUAGAAAAGUAUUCAAGCUUUUAUUUGAAAACGUAAUACGAGGUACUAUUACGCUUGAUUGUGACAAUAACAACAUUCAGUAAUAGUGUUCUUACAUAGAUAGCAACAAAGAAAAGCUUCUUGAAAACAAGCACAUCAGAAAGUUCAACAAUAAGGAAUUCAGUUGGCAUGAUGUUCCUUGGAUUGAAUUGAUUGCAGCAAGAAGCUGAUCUUUCCGAGAUUAAAAAAUUAUUUUUCUCAAGAUUAAAAUAAACUUUGAACAACUGAAUUUACAACAGAAUUACAACAGCUGAAUAAUACUGGA